AUGCUUGUCUCCGCAAUCCCAGAGCACCUUCAAUGCCCCCGAAAGAUCGCUGCCAAGACACCACCCGGCUUUCAACCGCCCUUCCCAGCUUACAGUGCUAGUUUCCCCAAGGACACCAAAGAUCUUGUCUUUGCCGUCAUCGGGGCCCAGUAUGCCUCUGAAACCAACGUAGAUGGCGCUGCCGUUGCGCAGCAGUUGACAAAGUUCACCACCUCCAAGGCCGUCGAUGCCGAAGCUCGCCCCCAGUUUGCCGAGUGGGCAUCCGUUACCGAUAACAAGGGCUACUACAACAUUGCUCACCUGGCGUACUGGCCAAGCAAAGCAGCCUACGACAGAUGGGCUCUCGACUCGGGAUUUCAACAGUGGUGGGAGAACCUCGAAGUCGAAUCACAGAGCCACGGAUGGUUCCUCGAGAUCUUCUUUCCAACGCUUGACCGAUUUGAGACUGUAUUUUCCAACAAUGAAGUACCAGAGGGUGCGGCACACAUGAGAGAGUGCGUAAGGGGGCCGAUCCAGGAGCAUGUGUACUGGGGUAGCAUGCGCGAUCGCAUGGCUGCUGCUCAGGAUGACGAGCUCGUGGGAGAGAAGGUCGAGCGACCAAUGACAACAUCACAUGCAAACGGCUCCAAUGGUACGAAAACGAACAGAGACGCACAGUCAUCGCUUGGAAGAGUUCGAGUCGGUGGCAAGCACAACUUGGCUGUCAUUCGCUCUGGCCAAGAUUGGUCAGACACUCUGCCCAAGGAGCGCGAGCUCUACCUCAAGACGAUGCAUCCUGUCCUGAUCAAGGGCAUGGAAUUCCUACGAGAUCAAGGGGAAGAAGUUGGCUGUCACAGCUGCCGAUUCAUGAACCUGAUUGACCCGGUGACCGGCAAGGCGGAUAAGGAUCGCACAUUUGGGCUGGCGUUCUUUGACGAGCUGGGCUCGCUGGAAGGAUGGGCAAAGCAACAUUCGACACAUUUGGAAAUCUUUGGAGGUUUCUUGCGAUAUGCCAAGAAGCUAGAGAACAAUGUGUCGCUUCGUCUUUUCCACGAGGUGUUGGUUCUCAAGCCGGAGCAACAAUUAUUCGAAUAUGUUGUUUGCCACCCCGGUACUGGUCUGCUUGCAAUAGUUUAG